UCUUAAGGAGAGCCCAGUCUGUGCAGGGGAGGAAGAAGCCACUGGAGGUAUGGGGGAGGGGUAGUUACUCUCAGGAACAAAUAAAUGAUCUUUGAACAAGUCAGGAGGGCAGAGAAAGCUGCAACCCUGCACUCAAGUCUCAAUGCCUGGAAAGAGAGGGAAGAUUCCAAAGUGAAACAAAUUCCAUGGUCACAUGAUCUAAGGUGCAGGCAUGUAGAAUCAAGGUGAUGGCUGGAGUAGACAAGACCUUACUUCUCAGGUCCCCUUUGCCAAUUGGAAUACCCUCUGACAUGACCUGGAUGCUGUUGCUCAUCUUCAUUGUGGUCCAUCCAGGAUCCCGUGCUCUCUGGGUGUUCCAGCCCCCUGAGAUUCAUACCCAGGAGGGCACUGCUGCCUUCUUGCCGUGUUCCUUCAAUGCCAGCGAAAGGAAAUUGGCCAUUGGCUCUGUCACGUGGUACCGGGACAAGGUGGCCCCAGGGAAGGAAGUGAGGAAUGGGACCCCCGAGUUCAGGGGCCGCCUGGCCCCUCUUCCCUCUUCCCGUUUCCUCUGUGACCAUCAGGCUGAGCUACACAUCUGGGACAUCCAAGACUGUGAUGCUGGAGUCUAUGUGUGCAGAGUGGAGGUUCUGGGCCUAGGUGUUGGGACAGGGAAUGGGACACUGCUGGUGGUAGAGAAAGGAUCUCCUUGGCUAGGGGCCAGCACAGUCCUCUUCCUUCGGGCUGGAUUCUAUGCCUUCAGCUUUAUCUGUGUGGCCAUGGGCAGCACCAUCUAUUACCAAGGCAAAUGCCACGGUCACCUGGGAACACGCUGCCAUUUCUUAGGUGGACUCUGAUGAGUGAUUCCAGACCCCAGACAUCCAACCCUCUUCAAGAGACCCUAAUAAAUCCUCCUCUGCCCCACCA